CUCUAUUAAAAGAGCCCCGUCACUUCUCUUCCUCCCCCACGCAAUCCUCUUAAGCAGAGUCCAGAGAGGGUUUGAGAGAGUGUGUGAAGUGUGUGAAGUCAUAGUUGGAGAGAGAUCAAGGGAAGAACCCUUCUGUUGUUCUUAUUGUGCCCUUUUACAUGGCUCGUCAAGGGAAUUUCUUCUCUAUCUUGAUCGGAGAAGAAAGCGAGGUUGAUGCCGCAGACCUCGCCGCAAAGAUCGAGGCGGAGCGGCUGAGGAAAGAAAAAGAGCGGCUGAAGAAAGAAGAAGAGCGGCUGAAGAAGGAGGAAGAAGAACGGCGGUUGAACCCCCAUUAUGUGAAAUCUGAGACAGUGAGAGGAGGAGGCAGUGGUUAUCGCAGGAAUAAUGGAGGAGCUGAUGGUUAUCAACCCAACUAUAAAGGAAAUGCAGGGGCUGAAGGUUAUAGGAGGAAUAAUGGACCAGUUGCUAACUCUACAAAUGGUGGUGGACGAGGAUGUGGCCAGGAGGAGCGAACUUGGGGCAGGGGAUAUUCACGGCCUGCACCAGUAGCUAACUCUACAACUGGUGCCGGUGUUGGUGGGAACAGGGGGGCCGAAAAUUCACGGCCACGAGUAGCUGCUGCUGUUCCUUCAGUUGAAGAUCCUCUUCACUUUCCCGACCUGGGUAAAAAAGCCGUGAAAGCAUGAUCCUCGUUAAUGUAUUCUUUCUAGCAACAAGUUGGAGAAAAUUUUGAAUUGCUUUAUAACAUAAGUAUUUUGUUUAUUCCA